GGAUGUGCUCUCAAAAAUCCCAAAUUUGAGAACGUUCAGUCUGCAAGGAAUGGACCACGUAUCCGUUGCGUUACUUGACGCUCUGGAGAAGCAUCGCCCUCACGCUCAUUUACACAUUGAAGAUUGGGCGAGAUUUGAUGACGAUGAAGACCACAACAACGCUGCAGAGAUUGCUCUUGCCUCAUCGCGGAACCUGAGAUCGCUCCGCGCGAGGCUAUUGAACACAUCUGCACACAUUGACUUACGGUCAGCAGCUCUGGAAAGGAUUGUGGCUCUCUCGCCCGGCCUUGAAGUUCUUGAAGUCUCCAACUUUGGGCUGUUUCAAGGAACACCACAAGGGAAGAGCAGCAACAAGAGACCAAAAUGCGAGAACAAUUUAAGAAAAACGUCGUUAUCUCACCUAACUCGAUCCGGUCACUGCGGUGUCGUGGGAAAUACAACAUGAUGUCAUUCAAGGAAUUCACCGACAUAACGAAGCUGCAUACACUUGAUGUCGGUUAUCUCGAUGGGGCUAGGGAUAUCGUCUCUUUGCUCGCUCAGUGGCAGAGCGAAGACCUGCCGGAGCUGAAACAUCUGUCAUUCGCCCUGAAUGAUUCGGCUGGUGUGGGUGUUUACGAUUUGAUGAGUGACUUCUUAAAAACAUGUUCGCCUCUCGAAAGUCUUUCCAUCAAGGACGGAGCAAACUAUAUCCCGUUAUCAGCCGUCUUGUCGCAUAAGGCCACGCUGCGCACCCUUGUUCUUCACGAAGUUGAAAGUGCAAGCUCCGAUGUUGGAAGAUCCAUGUCAAUCGAAGAGGUCAAAUGGCCGAGCGAAAGCUGCGAAGAAUUGGAAGAUAUCACGAUCGAUGCCGGCAAAAUAUCAACAGGGGAUGGUUUGAACGAGAUACUAUCUACACUCGCAACCUUCCCUCUCCUCCAUACCAUUCGCCUUUACAUCCCCCUCGGUGUUGCUGACGAAACAUCUCGCACACCGCAUAUAUUCCUCGAUGAAGAUGAAACAAGAGCAGAAAUCGAAGCACACCGUAUGAAGCCUUUCAACCCUAUCGAAGACAGUGGCUGGUUAGAAAACGCAUAGUCUUUAUUACGACACGAAAAGAACAAGAUUGGCAGUCGACCACUGAAGGACCUGCACGUCAAGGUUGGGGAAUGGGAGCGGGAGAUGACCGGGGGCUAUCCUGCUGGUUGGGUCAUCUGGGAAGCUUCAAAUCGUCGAUAUUUCACGGCGACCCCACAUGAAAGAGAUGAUCGACCAGACGACAUAUACGUUUGUAUCAGAGGAACUGAACCGUAUAGCAAUGUUGAUACGCGCGAGGUCAAACGAAUUCCAGAGUUCGUUGACCCUUUG